AUGGCCGACUCACACACCUCGGAAGGAGUUGAGCGAAAGCAGCUUGGUCCAUCAGGAGCUGCGAUGCUGCAAACCAGAUCGCAGUGGGUAUCGAACGAGAGGCCCAGGGCGGGCGACUCUGCGACAGUCAGCAGACCGAACGCAAAUCCAGACAGACUGCAGUCGUUCUUCAACUCGGCGAUAGAACCCUUCCUGAAAGAGCAACGCGCCGCGUGGGGGACGCCAACAGUGCCCUUGAUGAGAGAAACGGAGCCGCAGGACGUCAACAGGGAGUCUGUGGGAUCGGACCACGGAGAGUACGAUCCGGACGAUUUGGACCUCCCUGCCUACCGUCAAGCGACCGUAGCCACCGCUGCUACAGCGACUGGGCUGCCAGCAAUCACCCCUCGCAUCCGGGUGUCCGCUAUGUCAGAACUGAAAGAGUUCUCGGGUAAGGACGACGACGCGGAUCGCCCGCGGGCUUGGGUCGGCAAGGUCAAGUCAGCUUUCGUCCGCGAUCAGGCUCCAGACGACGAGAAGUGCCUGGUGCUUGGUAGCCUGUUCACUGGACCGGCGCGUAACUGGUACCGGCAACUUGGUCCAACCACGAGGGGCGACUGGAAAGAGCUCCUCCGCGAGUUCCAAGUGCAGUUCUGCGGACUCGGAGUCUCUGUCGCGAGACAAUACUACCACGCGAGGAAGCUCGCUGACGAGACGCCGCUGGAAUACCUGCACCUCAUGAACCGAGGGCGAAGCUGCGCCCCCUCGACGGGUACACAAGGUGAGCCCUCAGCAACCCCACGGUUAUCGGAGUACCCCCUCCGUCAGUCGGCAGUCCAGGGCACUGUGUGUCCGAGUGGAUCGCAACGUGAUUUUGCCACCCCACUCCACCUCACCCCGUAUCUGCAAGCGGUAGAUGUGGGCAUUUACAAGUCCUUCAAGGACAACGUCUCUCAGCUGAUCAACGAGUGGAAAUGCUCGGACAAGGUUACGUACACGGAAGGUGGCAAUCCGCGCCUACCAGAGCUCACUUUUGUUUCAUCGCGGGUUGCUCAGGCUUCGAAGCAGACUCCAGUUGAAGUUGUCGAGAAAAGCGUGCAAGCCUGUGGCUUUAAUGAUGACCCGAGUGCCUGGCGCAUCUCCAAAUACGACGUCUACGGCUCGAAGUUCAGAGCUGCGUGGCAUCUACGCGAGAGCGGGGACUGUGGUAGCGAUCAUGAGGACGAUAUUACUGCAGUUGUGGAGACGUUUGAUGAGAUCUUGAUUGACGAUUAA